AUGAUUAUAAUUGUAUUUACAUGGAGUAUUCUUUUUCAGAUUGCAUUAACUCAAGACUGCAGUGUAACAAAGAACCAUGUUGAUGUGUGUCAGAAAUACUUGAUUGUAUCGAAACAGAUGUAUAUGGUCAUUGAUAAUAAUGUUGACCCUGGAUGUCGAUGUGACAUAACCUUGUACAGUAACAACACAACUUCACUUCAUCCAGUAACGAUUACCAGCUCAACUAGUUCACCAACAGAUUGUGGCUAUUCUGUCAGCAGUCCAAUGGUUGAAUCCGAUACAUUCAACUGUUCGGAAAGUGUUUCUAAUUCUCUAAGAAAUGGUAGUAUGAUUCUGCUGACAAUUACUGGUACCAAUAGCCCGAGGUCAUCAACCAGACUUUGUAUUACUGCUGAGGCUGUUGGCACAAAUAUUACUUUACAAUGUCUUAACACAACUACGACGACCACAACAAUUACUCCCCCAACUACUACAACAACAACUCCAGCGACCACAAAAAGACCCACAGAAACCACAAGUCGUAUCCCUUCCUCCUCUAUUAUGUCUUCAUCGCCAUCAGCAUCGAGAUUAUCUUCAGGUACCACAAUCCUUUCGUCGGUUGAUACCCACUCUUCAACAAAUACACCUUCUGACUCAACUUUUACAUCAACAAUCAACACAAUAUCGUCGCCAUCAACUAUAACACCGUCAACGGGUUUUCCAUCAACACUAGUUAGAACAAUAUUCCCAUUAACAACAUUGCCAUCUGUAUCACCAUUCACAACAUCAUUUGAAACUACUCGUCAAUCAUCCAAAAUGUCAUUACCGUCAUCAUCACCAGCAUCAGCAUUGACAACAUUUCCAUUAACAUCAUCUACAACAACAGUAACGAUAUCGGAAACAAACCCAUCUUCAUUCAAAUCAUCAUUCACACCAAUACUUCCAUCAACAACAUCAUCAAUUCCAUCAGAAAUAACACCGUUUACAACAACACAUCCACCCAAAACAACACAUUCUACAACACCACUUCCAUCAGAAACAACACAUUCUACAAUAUCACUUCCAUCAAGAACAACACAUUCUACAAUAUCACUUUCAUCAGAAACAGCACAUUCUACAAUAUCACUUCCAUCAGAAACAAUACUUUCCAUAACAUCACUCCCAUCAGAAACAGCGCCUUCUACUACAUCAAUUCUAUCAGAAACAACACAUUCUACAACAGCACUUCCAACGCACACGGAAAAACCAUCAUCUAAAUCAACAUUCCAAUCGUCAUCAUUCAAAGCAUCUCAAUCAGAAUUAGAAGUAUCGACGUCAUCAGCUGAACAAACACACUCUACAUCAAAAUCAUCGAAAACUCCAUCAUAUUCAUCAGCUUCACUGUCAUCAGUAUCAUCACCAUUAUCCAAAACAACAUUAUCAGAAGGCGUCCAUAAUAAAUCAACUACAACACAAAAUCCAUUACAAUCAUCAUACCCGUCACUUCCCUUUACUUCAGAGACGACAGGGAUGGCAACAACUGAAACCACCGACGGUAAAACUAAUAGUAAUAUUACACCCAAAGUAGUUUUGUCCGGAUCACAAGAAGGAAAUAUUACAGACCUUCCAUUUAUUGCAACCGCAUGUGUGGGUGUUUUUAUCAUAAUAGCUGUUAUAAUCAUACUGAUUUGUUGUUUACGAAAAGGCAGAAAACGACCUAUAGACAAUACUGGUUCUCCUUCAGAUACCCCACAAAGUUACUCUAGUGGCUCCCAACUUGGUAGACUCGUCAUGGUUAACUCGUCUCUAUGUGUAAGAGUCCCAAACUCUACUAAAGGACGGUCUGGUAUACCCAAUCCAGGCUUUUAUGAAGCUCAUAGUCCUCAAAUAUUACCUGUUCACAAACUCAAAGGGCAACGAUAUCUUGAAGUCGAAAGUGAUGAAAUAAGUUUCCAAAAUGAAAAUAUACUUUCUGGUGUCAAUCCAUUUGGCAGUUAUUCUGGUGUCAAUGCGUUUGGUACACAAAUUCAGACUAGAACUAUUGACUUUGACGAGGAAGAUGAAGAUGUACAAGAUUGCACGUCUUCGUCGUUAUUUGAAAGGAGUAAACCUGAAGAACCAAUUUAUACUGCAGUAAAUAAAAACCCUAAAGUUACCUUUGACAAUAACAGACCAGGACCUUCCAGAUCAGACAUUCCUUAAUAGUGGUGCUUCCAAUGAACUAUGUAUAAUAGAGGAGAGUGUUGUAUGUGUUAUCAAUACAAUUUUUUUUUAAGUGUUAAAUUGAGUUGUGAGACCUUGAGAGAGAACGAGUCUUAAAGCAGAGUUAAAGCAUCCGGAAACGCACCAUAACGUUUUUCUAAUUGUAAGAAAUAUACCGUGCUUAGAGGUAUCUAAUGGCAUCGAUAACUAAAAUCGUUCAUCAGAAUUUUAUUUUUGGUUUAAUUUCUGAAGUAGAACCCUUUCAUAGGGUGUGCUAGUUUUUAACCAGAAACAGCAAAUAACUUGAUUUAAAAUUUUCACCUUUGAACUUGAAACGUCUUGAAACAGUUUUGGUUCGGACCAUUCUUUGGUGUUUGUUAUGUUUGAAAUCAUACAGAAG